AUGGCAUACCGCCAGCAAGAUCCCUACUAUGAUUCUGCACAGAGUGCACCAACUCACCCAGGUUUUCCCCCUCCAGCGCCUAUGAUCCAUAACCAACAAUACCCUGACAACCAAUGGGACGACAGACCAGGCUCUGCCAAAUCCGUCCAGAGUAGCCAAUUUCAUGGCUCUCAGGUGCACCUCAAUCCCCAGUACGAGAUGAGUCAGGUCUACUCUCCCCCCGUUCCCUCGAUGCCGUACCAUGCAUACCAACCAGAUUACCCUCCCGUUCCCGUACGCCCUGGCCCACUCAGAGAAAUGUCCACAGGAUACUCUGUAGCCAAGGAGAAACUUAUGAAACGUCGUUCUGUCCGGCAUGUCGAACUUCAGAAUGGUAAUCUGGUCCUCGAUGUCGCAGUCCCCACGCACAUUGUGCCAAAGGGCAUGAGCAGCGCUGAGGAAAUGACCACAAUGCGAUACACUGCCGCCACAUGCGACCCUGACGAAUUUAUGCGCAGGAAAUACUCUCUCAGGCCCUAUCUUUAUGGCCGCCACACUGAGCUGUUCAUAGUUAUGACCAUGUACAAUGAAGAUGAAGUACUUUUUGUGAAGACUAUGAAUGCCGUUAUCAAGAACAUUGCCCACCUUUGUGGUCGGACGAGAUCGAGAACAUGGGGCCCUGAGGGCUGGAAGAAGGUUGUUGUAUGUGUCGUCUCAGAUGGACGCAGCAAAGUCAACAAGCGAACGCUUCAAGUACUCACUCUUAUGGGUUGUUAUCAAGAGGGUAUCGCUAAGGAUUCAGUGGGAGGAAAGGACGUGACCGCUCACAUCUUCGAAUAUACUUCAAAUGUGGUCGUGACAGAGACUGGGGAGGUGUCUACCGGGCACUGCCCAGUUCAGAUUAUCUUCUGCUUGAAAGAGCAGAACAAGAAGAAGCUUAACAGCCACCGCUGGUUCUUUAAUGCUUUUGGUCCAUUGAUCAACCCGAAUGUCUGUGUUCUCCUGGACGUUGGUACCAAGCCCACCAGCACGUCAAUCUACGAGUUGUGGAAAUGCUUCGAUAAACACUCUAAUGUUGGAGGAGCGUGUGGAGAGAUUUGUGUCGACACCGGCAGAGCUUGCUCACUGCUCCUGACGAGUCCUCUAGCUGCUUCUCAGAACUUUGAGUAUAAAAUGUCUAAUAUCCUCGAUAAACCUCUCGAGAGUGUGUUCGGUUACAUUAGCGUGCUUCCUGGUGCAUUUAGCGCCUACAGAUACAGGGCUCUCCUGAACGGUCCUGAUGGCAAGGGUCCCCUUGCCUCGUAUUUCAAGGGAGAGGCUAUGCAUGGCGGAGGUGCUGACGGUGCUGGACUCUUUGAGCGAAACAUGUACUUGGCCGAGGAUCGUAUUCUAUGCUUUGAAAUUGUCACCAAGAAACGGGAAAGCUGGAUUCUCAGAUACGUCAAGAGUGCCAAGGCUGCUACUGAUGUCCCCACAACUGUUCCCGAAUUCAUUUCUCAGCGUCGCCGAUGGCUGAACGGCUCCCUGUUCGCUUCCUUCCAUUCGACGAUAUUCUUUUACAGGAUCUGGACGUCUGGGCAGAAUCCCAUUCGUAUGCUUGUACUCCAGAUCGAGUUCAUUUACAAUGCAAUCCAACUCAUAUUCACGUGGACGUCACUUGCGAACUUUUACCUGGCUUUCUACUUUUUGGUUUCAUCGGCAACUACGUCCACAGAUGGUGCUUUCAACUUCCUGAGCCAAGGAGCAGGACAAGAUGUUUUCCAGAUUUUCCUGAAACUCUACAUCGGCCUUUUGUUCGUCGUCACCGUUUGUUCGCUAGGAAACCGGCCACAGGGUUCCAAAUGGAUUUAUGCGCUCUGCAUGGUACUUUUCGGUAUCUGUAAUAUUAUCACACUCUGGUGCGCCGGAUGGACGGUGUACCUUGCCGUACCUCAUUCCGUCGCUGGAUGGAAGGACUUCCCUCAACUCGUUGCUACGAACCAAGCCCUCCGGGAGAUCGUCAUCUCGCUCGCUGCUACGUAUGGCUUGUACUUCUUCUCGUCGUUCAUGCACUUGGAGCCAUGGCACAUGUUCACUUCGUUCAUCCAGUACAUGUUUCUGCUUCCGAGUUAUGUUAAUAUCUUGAUGAUGUAUGCCAUGUGUAACUUGCACGAUGUUACUUGGGGAACCAAGGGAGACAAUGGCUCUGCGAAGGAUCUUGGCGGAGCUAAGAAAGUCAAAGGCGAGAAUGGCAAGUACAUGAUGGAAGUCGAGAUCCCCACUGCCCGCGAAGACGUCGACCGCAUGUGGGCAGCAUCCCGCUCAGCCCUCAAGGUCAAAGCUCCCGAAGAGAAAUCUCACCGUGAUGCUGCUACAAAGCAAGCCGACCACGACCGGAACAGUCGCACUAACGUUGUACUUGCGUGGGUGGGGACGAACACCUUGAUGAUUGUUGUGUUCACUUCGCAAGCAUUCUUGACUUGGGUGAAUACUCACUUUGCGACAUCCCAGGGCUCGAACUUCAACCCUUAUUUGAGCUUCCUGUUUAUCGCACUUGCUGCCCUAUCAGCAGUCCGAUUCAUGGGAUCCCUACUUUAUCUCAUCCUCCGAUUGUUCGGGCACUGA